UCACUCAGACGAAUUUCUUUUAUUCGUCUGGGGAAAGUCAAAAAUAUAUAUAAUAAAAUGAUGCCAAAUAUUUUUGCACAGUGCCAUCCAAUUAGUAGAUUAGAAGAUUUAGAAGAAGUGCUACAAAAUCAGCCUAGCUGGGUAGACAGAGUUGAAAUUUUGACUCCUAGAUCUUCCAUAGUGGUACCAAAUACAAUUUCAGACUGCCAUAGUGAUCCUGGUAAUUUUCUGUCAAGAAGAGCCCAAAGAGUGGAUUCCAGAUGUGUUCCUAAAACUCUCAUUUGCCAUGAUUAUAAAGGAGGAUAUCUGGCUGAUAAAUAUUUGCACUUUCCUGGUGAAGAAAUCAUUGGCAAUGGCUAUACAUUUUAUAAUUGGUCACAAGUGGAUAUAUUUGUUUACUUUAGUCAUCACUUCAUAACAAUUCCUCCUCUUAGUUGGAUUAAUGCUGCACACAAAAAUGGUGUCAAAGUAUUAGGAACUUUGAUAACUGAAUUUGACCCUGGAACUGAAAUCUGCCAAAAAAUAUUCAAAAAUACAGAAUCAAUGAUGGAAUUUGCAAAAUCUUUAGCAAAAGUGACAAAAAUAUUUGGAUUUGAUGGGUGGUUGUUAAAUAUAGAAAAUAAGGUAGAACAAAUUGAAACUUUGAAAAUGUUUGUACCCUUUUUAUCAAAUUUGAUUCAUGAAGAUAACCCUGGGAAUUUAGUCAUUUGGUAUGACAGUGUAACCAUCCAUGGUGAUUUGAAUUGGCAAAAUGAACUGAAUGAUCACAACAGAUAUUUUUUUGAUUCCUGUGAUGGCAUAUUUCUGAAUUACACAUGGACAGAGGAAACCUUGAUGAAAACAAGCAAAAACGCUAAGGGUCGCCAUUUCGAUGUUUUUGUUGGGGUAGAUGUAUUUGGGCGGAAUAUGUAUGGAGGAGGAAAGAUGAACACCUAUAAGGCAUUGAAGAUUGUGAAACAAAAUAACUUGUCCUUGGCUAUUUUCGCUCCUGGAUGGACUCACGAAACAUUAGAAAAAACUGAAAAUUUCUUUGAAGACUUUUUGCAGAGGGACUCCUUAUUCUGGAGGUCUUUGUGGCCAUAUUUUUACUCCCAUCCAAUCAGUAACUACUUCACGACUAACUUCUGUAUAGGCCUUGAUAAGAUUCACUACAAUUUAUUCAACCAACAACAGCAACUAUCACAUUGUUUGUAUCCAGCUGAUUGGAAGCCAGGCGAUGAUAACGAACAGACAAUAAAAACAAUCAUAGGUCGAUGCAGAUGUCUGCAGAGCACUCUAGUCGAUUCCAAAAACGCUUGUUUGAUAACAAAAAAGAACAUCGAAAGAGUCGGCGAUUACGUGCACAACUUGUUCAUCUGCGACAUAGAAGUCGAGAACAACGUCGUGGUAUUCUAUUUGACCAAGAGCGUCGAUGAGAACAUGGCUUCUCUGUCGAUAAAUCUGUGGGUCAGUGGAUGUAACGGUAGCACAAGGAAAAUCUUGUUGUUGGACAAGCGAAAAGACGAACCGAUAAACAAUUCUUCGGUGUUGGAGGUUAAUCAAGCCGAAUCGCCGGAUAUACGUGAGAAUAUCAGGAACCGUUACUACAAAAAAAUUCAAGAGGAACAAUGGUCGCUCAGUGUGUAUGUGUUCAAUUUACCAUUGUGCAAUAUCUUGGAGAUAGGAGGCAUUAUCAACAAUGGUAUGUCGAUAUACUUGGGGGCAUUUGGAGUUGAAAAUGCCGAUGGAAGUUAUUUAGUCAGUGCCUAAACAGUAUCUAAUUCUAACAAUAUAACCAAAUACUACCAGUUAGGUCUACGGUCGAAAGUAUAGAAAGCCACAAAUGUUUUUUGUUCGUUUUUAUCUUAUCUAUAGUGUGAAUUUAAAAAAGUACGAUGCUGUGCUUUUAUUAUAAAUUUUAUAUUGCUUAAAUCGAGUGUGAUUUGAAUAAAUUGUUAUUAUCUAUUAUAUUUGAAAUAUAUUUUUUAAUCCG